AAAGCAAUUGAGCGUUUAAAGAAAGAAUUUGAGAUGAAAGAUCUCACGAUAACAAAUUCUGUCUCUGUCUACAGAUCGAGCACUUAUCAAAUGGAAUAUAACGAAGAAAUUCUUGGUCCUGAGGUACCAUAUUUAAGUGCCAUAGCCCCCUCUCAUUUGCCUUUGCCCUUGCCCCUUUUGCCUUUGCCUCUUCUCGGAUUCUCUCCAUCGCCUCUCAACCCCUCCCCUUUGCCUCUGCCCCUGCCCCUUUUGCCUUUGCCUCUUCUCCGAUUUGUUCUCCAUCGCCUCUCAACCCCUCCCCUUUGCCUUUGCCUUUGCCUCUUCUCCGAUUCCUUCUCCAUCGCCUCCAUCGCCUCCAUCGCCUCUCAGCCCCUCCCCUCUGCCUCUUUUGCCUUUGCCUCUUCUCCGAUUCCUUCUCCAUCGCCUCUCAUCUCCAUCCACUCCUCCGAAUCCUCCGAUCUCCAUCCACUCCUCCGAAUCCUCCGAUUCCACUGCAAUUCAUCAUCUCCAUCGAAGAGAAGGGACCGAGGACGUAGCAAAAAUGGAAUUGAAGGCAAACGACCUUCUGAAAGUAUUUUUGUUCUCCGGCAGCAACAGGGGUAGAAAGUAUUUUUGUUUUUGUACUCUAAUUUCUUGUUGAAUCUGGAAAAGAGAAGGUUGAUUUUAGGAAUUGUUUGUUUAUUCAAUUAAAUUCGGUAGCCAAGU